AUGCCGCGGUGUCUGUGGUGGGCCGCCGCGUUCGCCGUGGCGCGGUCGGCAUUGGCCGCGGCGUCUUGCGACGAGCAGGAUCUCGCCGCGGACGACAGCACGGCCGCGGUCUGCGUGGCACUGCUGCAGGGCAGGCUCGAGAGGCUGGCUGCUGCUCCGGAGGCGUCAGGACGGCUCCGCCGCGGCGGCGCCUGCCGAGGGUCCGACGGUGCCCGAGGAGGCCCCCGCGGCGCCGGGGCAGAAGGUUCCCGAGGCUCUCGAGAGGAACGCGGCGACCGAGGUGCCUUCGCCCAGGAGACGGGCGACCAGUUGGAGGGCGCAGUGAACAACGAACCGCCCCAGAUGCUGCACGGCAACGUGCCGCAGGUCGUUGUGGAGACGGACGGAGGCCCGUUGACGGUGCUGCUGGCGCUAGCCCUGGGGAUGCUGGCACUGGGCGCUGCCUCGCUGGUCCCGCCCGCGGCCAGGACCUCCGAUGUUCCACCAGCAGAUCACGCUCUGGGUCUUCGGAGGGUCAGAGGAGACGAGGUGGAGGCCGCGAAGCAGGGCGAUGCCACUUCGUCCUGCGAGGGUGGAGGCGGCGGCGCCCCGUGCGGCGCGGCCCAGCUCGCCGCGGCACCGCCGCCGAGCCUCGCCGUGCCCCAGGCGACGCUGCCGGACGAACCCCAGCUCACAGCACCUGACGAGGGCACCGUGGCCGCGGUAUCGCGCGAGGCUGGCGCCCUCUCCCAGCAGCCCUGCAGGCCAGGCUUUGGCCCCCCGCGCAGCGGCGGGGGGGGCGGUCUGCAGCACGCGACCCUCGAAGACAAGCCGGGGGUCGAGAAAGGCCCCGAGAGGA